CCGAGAGUGAGAUAUAAAAAGAAGCACAUCACUUCCACUACAGACUACUCCCCAUACCAAACACCCGGCCGCAGCAACCAUCUACCAUCCAUCUUCUCAUUCUACUCUUUACCUACCAAGAUCAAGAAACCUUAACAAUCAACAACUACCAACUAGAUUUGGAUUAAAUCACCCAAAACCAAUCAACCAACCAAGCAACCGAGAAGCAAAAAAAAUGGACUCUGAUUAUGGCAUUCCCAGAGAACUUUCUGAUCUUCAGAAACUCCGAUCUCAAUACCAACCACAGCUUCCUCCUUGCCUCGAGGGAACUACUGUCAGGGUUGAGUUUGGUGAUACCACUACAUCUUUAGACCCGGCUGAUGCUCAUACCAUAGCCCGAGCUUUUCCUCACACUUAUGGCAAGCCCUUGGCUCACUUUCUCAGGGCAACUGCCAAAGUACCUGAUGCUCAGAUUAUAACUGAGCAUCCAACUAUUAGGGUUGGACUCGUCUUUUGUGGGAGACAAUCCCCUGCUGGCCAUAACGUCGUAUGGGGCCUCCACAAAGCUCUCAAAAUCCACAACCCUAAUAGCACUUUGCUCGGCUUUUUGGGUGGUACUCAAGGUUUAUUUGCCCAAAAAACACUAGAGAUCACUGAUGAUAUUCUUUCAACCUACAAAAAUCAGGGUGGUUAUGAUCUCUUAGGACGAACACAAGAUCAAAUUAGAACAACUGAGCAAGUUAAGGCUGCACUAGCUGCCUGCAAUGAUUUGAAGUUGGAUGGCCUUGUAAUUAUUGGAGGUGUAACAUCAAACACAGAUGCUGCUCAACUUGCUGAAACAUUUGCUGAAGCUAAAUGUCCAACAAAGGUGGUUGGUGUUCCUGUUACACUGAAUGGAGACCUCAAGAAUCAAUUUGUUGAAACCAAUGUUGGUUUUGAUACUAUAUGCAAGGUCAAUUCCCAACUCAUCAGUAAUGUCUGCACUGAUGCUCUCUCUGCAGAGAAGUACUAUUAUUUUAUCCGUCUUAUGGGAAGGAAGGCAUCACAUGUUGCCCUGGAAUGCACCCUCCAAUCUCAUCCCAAUAUGGUAAUUCUUGGUGAAGAAGUGGCUGCAUCAAAGCUUACACUCUUUGACAUAACAAAGCAAAUUUGUGAUGCAGUUCAAGCUAGGGCCGAGCAAGACAAGAACCAUGGGGUCAUCCUCCUGCCUGAAGGGCUUAUAGAGAGCAUUCCUGAAGUGUAUGCGCUAUUGAAGGAAAUUCACAGUUUGCUCAGGCAAAAUGUAUCUGCUGAUAAAAUUUCUUCCCAGUUAUCACCUUGGGCAUCUGCUUUGUUUGAAUUUUUGCCACAUUUCAUAAGGAAACAGCUUCUUCUCCAACCUGAGUCAGACGAUUCUGCACAGCUAUCACAGAUUGAGACGGAGAAACUACUGGCGCACCUUGUAGAGAAUGAAAUUAAUAAGCGCCUGAAAGCAGGCACUUACAAGGGGAAGAAAUUUAAUGCUAUUUGCCACUUCUUUGGCUAUCAAGCUCGUGGAUCCUUACCAUCAAAAUUUGAUUGUGACUAUGCCUAUGUUCUUGGACAUAUCUGCUAUCAUAUUCUUGCAGCUGGUCUAAAUGGUUAUAUGGCAACUAUAACCAACCUAAAGAAUCCUGUGAACAAGUGGCGUUGUGGUGCUGCACCUCUUCCAGCAAUGAUGACUGUGAAGCGCUGGUCUCAAAAUCCCAAUGCCGCGUCAAUUGGAAAACCUGCUAUUCAUCCAGCUACUGUAGAUUUGAAAGGCAAAGCAUACGAGAUGCUGAGACAAAAUGCAGCAAGGUUUUUGCUGGAUGAUAUCUACAGAAAUCCUGGACCCCUCCAGUUUGAUGGUCCAGGUGCUGAUGCUAAGGCUGUGACAUUAUGUGUUGAAGACCAGGAUUACAUGGGCCGCAUCAAGAAACUGCAGGAAUACCUUGACAAGGUCCGUACCAUUGUGAAGCCCGGGUGUUCUCAGGAAGUUCUGAAAGCUGCUUUAAGUGUAAUGGCUUCUGUGACAGAGGUUCUGUCAGUGAUGUCUUCAUCGUCAUCUGGCGGACAAGCCCUUUGAGAAGAAAGCAGUGAUUGUAAUGGUGCUCUCGUUUUCCUUAAUGAUCCUAAACUGUUUGUGAGAAACUGAAUUUUGAGGUACCCCUGUUUUCAUGUUUUCGGGAUGGAAGAUAUUUUAUUGGUUUCUGAAAAGAGAUAAUAUAUUAAUAACAAAUGUUAAGUGUC